CCACGAUGAUGAUGCGUACCGGCCUCGCGGCAGUGAGGCCCGCGCUGCGCCUCCAGCCUCCUCUACGGCGCGCGCUGCCUCCUCUCGCUGGUGCCACACUCGCGCGCCAACUCAGCGCCUCCACACCACUUCUCAGGCGAGACGACGAUCGGCUACCCCGUGGGCACGUUCGUCCCGUCCGCCGCCGCAUUCGCCGCGACGACACCAAUGACCCCAACCCCGGCGCAUACCAGUUCCAACAGGACCCGUUGGGCAGCAUGGGCUUCGACCAGCAGGGCUACACGCAGGGUUACUCGGCGCGCCCCGCCGUCGUCGUUCCCGACGACCCGCGCGGCGUCCUGCAGCGCAACCACGCGGCCUACGAGCUGCUCGCGCACGACUCGCUCGUCGUCGUCCGCCAGCUCGAGAUGAUGAACGUCUUCCUCGGAUACGAGCAGGCGAACCGGUAUGCGAUCUACUCCCCCGAGGGCGCGCACGUCGGCUUCCUCGCUGAGGAGGAGCGGGGCUUCGCCGGCGUUCUCACUCGCCAGAUUCUACACACCCACCGGCCCUUCAAGAGCACAGUCAUGGACCGGCACGGCACGCCGAUUCUGUGGAUCGAGCGCCCGUUCGCAUUCAUCAACUCGCGCAUCCGAGUUCGCGCCAACCCCGACCUCGGCGCAGUCGGCGGCGGCGACGGACUCAGCCCCCUCGUCGGCGAGACGCAGCAGCAGUGGCACCCCUGGCGGCGGCGGUACAAUCUCUUCGAGAAUCGUGUCGGAGGAGGAGACAACUACAUGGACCAGUUUGCACGCAUCGACGGCGGAUUCCUCGCUUGGGACUUCUGGCUUACCGACGCCGACGGGCGUCUCCUCGCCACCAUCAACCGCAAUUUCACGGGCUUCGGGCGCGAAAUCUUCACUGACACGGGUCAGUACGUCAUCCGCUUCGACGCCGCGGGCAGCGAGAUCAACAUGCCCCCCGGCUCGCAGGUCAGCGUGCAGGGCCAGACGCUUGUGCUCCCCGAGGAGAGCACGGGGCUCACGCUCGACCAGCGCGCCAUGACCCUCGCCACGGCUGUGUCUAUCGACUUCGACUACUUCUCCCGACACUCGGGUAGUGGAGGCGGCUUCCUCCCCUUCUGGCUGUUCAGCGGCGGUGACGGCUCGAGCGAACACUCGCGCGGCGGAGAAGCUCCAGCACCCUCUGGCUCUGGCACGGGCGUCGGAACGGGCGGCGGUACAGGCGCAGGCGAUGUCCUCGGCGGCGCGGCGGCUGGUGCUGCCAUGGGAGGCGCCGGAGGGUAUUCUGGGCGGGACUGGAGCGAUGACGAGAUAUAUGGUCGCGCGCCCCCGCCAGGACAGACAACUGCUGACCCUUUCCCCGGCCAGAGUACCCCUGAUCGGCCUUACGAGCCUCCCGCACCAGGUCAGCAGGCCGAGGGCUUUGACUACCCACCU